GGCCUCCGCCCCCGGCUCUACCCACGCCCUCCGCCCGCCCGGCAGCCAGCGCCGCGCCGGGCCUCGCUCCCCGUGCGUCCUGCGGGGGCGGAGGCGCGGAGAGGCGGCGAGCGCAGCCGGGGAGGGGGGUGGGGGGCAGAGGCACAGACUGAGUCGCGGAGGCUCGGAGAGGAGACGUGGAGGGAGGGACGCAGCCCGGACAGCGGCGGACACGGCCUCCCAAGCCGGGAACAUCGCAGCGCGCAUCAGGCGCCGGGCGCCGGACGCCGAGAGGGGCAGCCCUUGGUGGUCUCCGGCCGUCCAUGCACAGAGCGCCCUCCCCCGCCACCGAGCAGCCGCCGGGCGGAGGGGACAGCGCCCGCCGGACCGCGCAGCCCAGACUCAAGCCUAGUGCCCGAGCCAUGGCACUGCCUCGGACACUAGGGGAGCUGCAGCUGUACCGGGUCCUGCAGCGCGCCAACCUCCUUUCCUACUAUGAGACCUUCAUCCAGCAGGGAGGGGACGACGUGCAACAACUGUGCGAAGCGGGUGAGGAGGAGUUCCUGGAGAUCAUGGCACUUGUGGGCAUGGCCACCAAGCCUCUCCAUGUCCGACGCCUGCAGAAGGCACUGAGAGAGUGGGCCACCAAUCCAGGGCUCUUCAGCCAGCCGGUGCCUGCUGUGCCCGUCUCCAGCAUUCCGCUUUUCAAGAUCUCUGAGACUGCGGGCACCCGGAAAGGGAGCAUGAGCAACGGUCAUGGCAGCCCCGGGGAAAAGGCUGGCAGUGCUCGAAGUUUUAGCCCCAAGAGUCCCCUUGAACUUGGAGAGAAGCUGUCACCAGUGCCUGGGGGACCUGGGGCAGGAGAUGCCCGAAUUUGGCCAGGCCGGAGCACUCCAGAGUCUGAUGUUGGGGCGGGAGGAGAAGAGGAGGCUGGUUCACCCCCCUUUUCUCCACCUGCGGGGGGAGGAGUCCCUGAGGGAAUAGGGGCUGGAGGUUUGGCAGCCCCUGGGGCUGGAGGUGCUCCUGAUAGACUGGAGCCAGAGAUGGUACGCAUGGUGGUGGAGAGUGUGGAGAGGAUCUUCCGGAGCUUCCCGAGGGGGGAUGCUGGGGAGGUGACAUCCUUGCUAAAGCUGAACAAGAAGCUGGCACGGAGCGUGGGGCACAUCUUUGAGAUGGAUGAUAAUGACAGCCAGAAGGAGGAGGAGAUCCGCAAAUACAGCAUCAUCUAUGGCCGCUUUGACUCUAAGCGCCGGGAGGGCAAGCAGCUUAGCCUGCAUGAGCUGACCAUCAAUGAGGCUGCUGCCCAGUUCUGCAUGAGGGACAACUCGCUCUUAUUGCGGAGGGUGGAACUCUUCUCCUUAUCACGCCAAGUGGCCCGAGAGAGCACCUACCUGUCCUCCUUGAAGGGUUCCAGGCUCCACCCUGAAGAACUGGGAGGCCCACCGCUGAAGAAGCUGAAACAGGAGGUUGGAGAGCAAAGUCACUCUGAAAUCCAGCAGCCUCCCCCAGGCCCUGAAUCCUAUGCACCCCCAUACCGCCCCAGCCUGGAAGAAGACAGCGCCAGCCUGUCCGGGGAGAGUCUGGAUGGACACUUGCAGGCUGUGGGGUCAUGCCCAAGGCUGACGCCGCCCCCUGCUGACCUGCCGCUGGCAUUGCCAGCCCAUGGGCUGUGGAGCCGCCACAUCCUGCAGCAGACACUGAUGGAUGAGGGGCUGCGGCUAGCCCGCCUCGUCUCCCAUGACCGCGUGGGCCGCCUCAGCCCCUGUGUGCCUGCAAAGCCGCCUCUCGCAGAGUUCGAGGAAGGGCUCCUGGACCGAUGCCCUGCCCCAGGACCCCAUCCAGCUCUGGUGGAAGGUCGCAGAAGCAGCGUGAAAGUGGAGGCUGAGGCCAGCCGGCAGUGAGGGAUGGACUGGUACCCUCUCACCUAGGCCCGGGGAUUUCUGGCUCCCACACAUCCCUACACUCUCCAUCCCUGGUCUCUAGUCACAACUCUGGAUCCUUCCGCUGCCCUUCUCCUGCCUCCCCACUUGCUCCAUGGGCAUAAAACUAUGGGGCUUCAAGCAAUAACGAGCAGGGGCCUGGCAAGAGGACACAAAGAGGGCGCGUUCUGCCCCUCACCCUUGCCCACAGCGCGGGGGCAAGGACUCUGCCUCCAGGGCAUCUGGGGUUCUCCCCUCACGCAACACACUCCCAUUCUCUCUUGUUUGAACCGGUGGUGUGAGCAGUCAGUCGGACUCAGUUUGGAUAUGGGGGAAAGGGGAAGUUCCCUGGGAAGGUCCAGCAGCUAAAAAUGGAAACGUUUCCCCCCGGAAAUGGGGGCCGGAGAACACUGGACCUGCUCUUCCUCCCCUCUGCUCCCCCAUUUUUGUGCUUCUAGUUUGUUUCUUUAAUUUAACAAGUGCUGCAGUUCACCCACUCAUGCCCAUCUUUUCCCCCAAGUCCCAGCAGUUCUUUUCCUCCUGCCCUGCCCUCUCUGGGGGUGGGGUGGGGGGGUGGAUGUGGGGUCCCCUUCAUCAGCCCCCACGGGAGGCCUGGGUUGGACUCAGUGUCUCCCGCAGCUGGGGGCUGGACCACAGCAUCUGUCUGAGCAGUUAGAGCGUUUUUCUUUUCAGAUCGUGUACAGUAGAUUAUUUAUUUUGUUAUUUUGGAAUAAAAUUUAUUUUAUGGCUUAUGA